CACCAUUCCCUGUGGUGUGGCCCAUUUGAUAAUAUAAGCUGCCUGAUUUUAGCGAUCACGACCUAACACUAGCGGGCUCAAAUGAUGGACGGUGUGGAUGUCACCCAAACACAUCACACUGGCCCCACAGUGCGUUUUCUUGAAUGGACUUUCUGCAGCGACACGUAGGAAAUUCGCGUCCCGCGUACCGUUGACCUCCUGCAGCCUCCACCCACGAACCACCCAGGCGCACGUUAGCUCCGACGGAGCAGAAAGAAGGCAUCGGUCCUUGUUUCCUGCCCUCGCUCCAUUAACCGAGUCCUCUUUAGAAAAUUCUCUCACGCAUAUCCGCGGAUUUUUAUACUUGCUUUAAAAAAUAAAAAUCAAAGGCGAAGAAAGAGAAGAAAGGGGGAGUGAAAACGAUACGCAGGGGUGUUGAAUGCGCCCUCCCCAUUUCUUGGGAACUUCUCCCCCUGCUUUUCUAUAAUACCAGGCAACGCUUCCAUAACAGCGGCAGAGAUCGGGAAAAAGCCUUCGAAAGCCAGUGAAAAUUGCCUUUCCUUUUCCUUCCUUCCGGUUUCUAAAAUGAGCGGAUGGGAUAGGAUUAGGGCAUCGGGUUCCCGUCUUGGAGGAGGAGGGAGGUCGAGGAAUUCGCAAACGACCGUCCAUCUCGGCCGUGUCCAGCCCCAGCACCCCGGCCACCGCACGAUCCACUGCAAUGAUCGCGAGGCAAACCUUCCUGUCAAAUUCAAGGGGAAUUCUGUAUCAACAACAAAGUACAAUCUUUUCACCUUCUUGCCAAAGGGUUUGUUUGAGCAGUUCAGGCGGGUGGCAAACUUGUACUUUCUUAUGAUCUCAAUCUUGUCUACAACACCAAUCAGUCCUGUGCAUCCUGUUACGAACGUGGUCCCACUGAGUCUAGUGCUUUUUGUAUCUCUUGUUAAGGAAGCAUUUGAGGAUUGGAAGCGCUUGCUCAAUGACAGAGUGAUAAAUAGUACACCUGUUGAUGUAUUGCAAGGUCAGAAAUGGGAAAGUAUUCCAUGGAAGAAGCUCCAGGUUGGGGAUCUGGUUAGGAUUAAGCAGGAUGGAUUUUUUCCAGCAGAUAUCUUGUUCCUUGCUAGUUCCAAUCCAGAUGGUGUCUGUUACAUUGAGACUGCAAAUCUUGAUGGAGAGACAAAUUUGAAGAUCAGGAAAGCCCUUGAAAGGACUUGGGAUUACUUGCAUCCUGAUAAAGCUGCUGAAUUUGAAGGGGAAAUACAAUGCGAGCAACCAAAUAACUCAUUGUACACUUUCACUGGCAAUCUUAUCACCCAGAAGCAAACAUUGCCUCUUUCCCCAAAUCAAAUUCUCCUGCGAGGAUGCAGCCUCCGAAAUACAGAAUACAUUGUUGGAGCUGUUGUAUUUACUGGACAUGAAACAAAGGUUAUGAUGAACUCUAUGAAUGUCCCUUCCAAAAGAAGCACCUUGGAGAGGAAAUUGGACAAACUCAUACUCACUUUAUUUGGUGUCCUCUUCCUCAUGUGUUUUAUUGGAGCGAUUGGCAGUGGUAUAUUUAUCAACCGCAAGUACUACUACUUAGGUCUUAGAGAAGGUGUCGAAGAUCAAUUUAAUCCCAGCAACAGAUUUGUGGUUGCCAUUCUCACCAUGUUUACCCUUAUUACGUUGUACUCAACCAUUAUACCUAUCUCUCUUUAUGUUUCAAUUGAGAUGAUCAAAUUCAUUCAGUCCACUCAGUUCAUCAAUAAGGAUUUACAUAUGUAUCAUAUUGAAAGCAACACCCCUGCAUUGGCACGGACAUCCAAUCUGAAUGAGGAACUUGGACAGGUGGAGUACAUAUUCUCUGAUAAGACAGGAACCUUGACAAGGAACCUGAUGGAGUUCUUUAAAUGUUCAAUUGGUGGAGAGGUGUAUGGAACUGGGAUCACUGAAAUAGAAAGAGGAGCGGCUCAGCGGAAUGGUUUGAACAUCGAUGAGGUAAAAAAGUCAGCUGCAGCAGUGCAUGAGAAGGGUUUCAAUUUUGACGAUGCUAGGCUUAUGCGUGGUGGUUGGAGAAAUGAAAGCAACGCUGAGACUUGCAAGGAGUUCUUCAGAUGCCUUGCAAUAUGUCAUACUGUGCUUCCUGAAGGUGAUGAAUCCCCAGAGAAGAUCACAUAUCAGGCUGCAUCUCCAGAUGAGGCUGCUUUGGUUACUGCUGCAAAAAACUUUGGCUUCUUCUUUUAUAGGCGUACACCAACUAUGAUCAAGGUUCGUGAAUCACAUGUGGAGAAGAUGGGUAAAGUUCAAGAUAUCCAAUACGAGAUUCUAAAUGUUUUGGAGUUCAACAGUACAAGAAAACGCCAGUCCGUCAUAUGUCGCUAUCCAAAUGGAAGGCUUGUUUUGUAUUGCAAGGGCGCUGAUACUGUCAUCUAUGAAAGAUUGGUGGAUGGAGACAAUAACUUAAAGAAAGUAACCAGGGCGCAUUUGGAGCAGUUUGGGUCUUCUGGUUUACGUACGCUUUGUCUUGCCUACAAGGAUUUGAGUAGUGAGUGGUAUGAAAGCUGGAAUGAGAAAUUUAUCCAAGCCAAGUCAUCUUUGCGAGACCGUGAAAAGAAAUUGGAUGAGGUGUCAGAACUGAUAGAGAAGGAUCUUAUAUUGAUCGGAUCCACUGCUAUAGAAGACAAACUUCAGGAAGGAGUGCCAUCUUGUAUAGAGACUCUUUCUAGAGCUGGUAUAAAGAUUUGGGUUCUGACAGGGGACAAGAUGGAAACAGCGAUAAAUAUAGCCUAUGCCUGUAAUUUGAUCAACAAUGACAUGAAACAAUUUACCAUCAGUUCUGAAACUGAUGCAAUUAGAGAGGUCGAGAGUCGGGGUGAUCAAGUGGAGAUUGCACGCGUUCUCAGAGACUGGGUGAAACAAGAGUUAAAAAAAUGCAUGGAUGAUGCUCAACACUACCUGCAUACUGUAUCUCGGCCUAAAUUGGCACUUAUAAUUGAUGGAAAGUGUUUGAUGUAUGCAUUGGAUCCCACUUUACGAGUAACUCUGCUCAACUUGAGCUUGAAUUGCACUUCUGUAGUUUGCUGUCGAGUUUCUCCACUGCAAAAAGCGCAGGUGACUAGCUUGGUCAAGAAAGGUGCCCGAAAGAUCACACUUAGUAUUGGCGAUGGUGCUAAUGAUGUGAGCAUGAUUCAAGCUGCUCAUGUUGGCGUCGGCAUAAGUGGGCUGGAAGGAAUGCAAGCAGUCAUGGCUAGUGAUUUCGCGAUUGCUCAGUUCCGCUUCCUUACUGAUUUGCUUCUAGUGCAUGGGCGAUGGUCAUAUCUAAGAUUAUGCAAGGUUGUAACAUACUUCUUUUACAAGAAUCUUACUUUCACAUUGACUCAGUUUUGGUUCACGUUCCAGACUGGUUUCUCUGGUCAGAGAUUUUAUGAUGAUUGGUUUCAGUCCUUGUAUAAUGUUAUUUUUACAGCACUACCUGUGAUUAUUCUUGGCCUAUUUGACAAGGACGUGAGUGCUACUCUAUCCAAGAAGUACCCGCAGCUAUACAAGGAGGGAAUAAGAAACACGUUCUUCAAAUGGAGAGUUGUGGCAGUGUGGGCUUUCUUUUCCGUAUUUCAAUCCUUGGUCCUCUAUCAUUCUACAGUCGCUGCCAGUCGCAGCAGCCUCAAUACUUCAGGCAAGAUGAUUGGCCUUUGGGACGUCAGUACAAUGGCCUUCACCUGUGUGGUAGUGACUGUCAACCUUCGCCUGCUAAUGGCCUGUAAUUUGAUCACAAGGUGGCAUCAUAUAAGUAUUGGAGGGAGCAUUCUAGCAUGGUUUAUUUUCAUCUUCAUCUACUCUGGAAUAAUGACCCCAUAUGAUAGACAGGAGAACAUAUUCUUCGUCAUAUAUGUUUUGAUGAGUUCAUUCUAUUUCUAUUUCACCCUUCUGCUUAUUCCUAUCUUUGCACUUCUUGGCGACUUUGCAUACCAAGGGAUUCAAAGAUGGCUUUUCCCCUACGACUAUCAGAUUAUUCAGGAAAUCCACAAAAAUGACCCUGAAGUGAGCAGCAGGGUCGAAUUGCUGGAGAUUGGGAACGACCUGACGCCGGACGAGCAGAGGAGCUAUGCCCUCUCUCAGCUUCCAAGGGAAACAUCAAAGCAUACUGGUUUUGCAUUCGACUCACCAGGAUACGAGUCAUUUUUUGCGCUACAGGCCGGCGUCUUGGCCCCACAUAAGGCAUGGGAUGUGUGCCGCAGAGCCAGUAUGAGGCAGCAGCCGGCACCACCCAAAAACUGAAAUAUGUACAUUUUUGACCUCAUCAUUCUGUAAAAUUAGCUGUGCCAUAUGCAGGUCUUGUUCUUUAUUUUUGUUUCUUUUUUCUUUUUCCUUCACAUCUGUUAUAUUAUUUCGAGGCAUUCCACUUUUUAUGGUGUUUUCCAAUGUUCUUAUGAAGCUCCACGUUAGACCUCCAGGAUCAUUUGGCGGACCUAACUGGGCAUUCUUUUGUAUUAUAACAGGUUUUCGUGAGUUAUACUCUAA